GGAGGCUGCAGGGAGCGAGACAGAGAGACGCGUGAGCAGAGAGAAGAGGAGGAAGAAAGAAAAGCGGACCUCCAUUAACCGCUCCCCAGCACAGGUCCUGAGCUUUCCAUCAGCAAGUCCGAGCCUUUACAAGCAGCCACCGCUAAACCAGGACACACACACACACACACACACACACACACACACACACACACACACACACACACACACACACACACACACACACACACACACACACACGCAGCACCUCGUCUGCAGGAGUAUGGUGUUGUCUGGCCUGUCGGUGGAUGUGUUGUGGAUUUAUUGUCUGUGGUGAAUCGUGUGGAGGAGACGGAGGAGCAACAUGCUGACAUGUGAAGUUGCUUAUUUCUCACUGUGCCUGGUGUCAGUUCUGGCUGUGUAUCUUACCAGCGCAUCCCCUGCUGAUCAGCAGGACAACCCUUGUAGCAUCUCAGUCUCUGACCCAGUGUCCAAUCAGGACUCUGUAUCUGUUUCUGUGACGACGCCCGGGCGUGGCUGCUCCUUUUCCGUGACGUUGCCAGACGCCGGGGGAGAUGGCACCCUCUGUAACAGAAGGGCAGGAGAGGGGCAGGAAGGAGAGAAUGAAACAGGAGGCAAGGAGUUAACAACCAAUGAGAUAGGGAGCAGGACAGCAGGAGGAGAGGAGGAGAGAAGAGCAGAUAAGGAUGUAGGGGGUAACGAGAUAGAUGGAGGUGAUGGUGAAAAAAAAGAGAGAGAAGAGGAUCUGGGACAGAUCUUCACCUGCACAUUGGAUCAUUUGGAGCCGGGAACAGUCUACCACCUGGAGAUCCAAUCCCAAGACCGUGACCAGACUGCCAACCUCACCAUCAACACCAUUCCAUCGGCAGUGAGCAGCCUGGCAGUGACGUCCAGGACCUUCCAAAGCCUGGACCUGUCCUGGCAGGCCGGCCCGGGGAGAACUGAACGCUUCAGGCUGCAGCUGUGGGACACACGAGGCUCUGGGGCAGUGAUGGUGAGAAACCUGACUCUGGAGAGCACAGCGACACAACACACACUCCUGGACCUCACAUCGGGACGACUGUAUGACAUCACCAUGGUAACAGAGGCUGCCGGGCUGGGAAACAAUAGGACCAUUCAGACACGGACAGUACCCGCAACAGCUUCAAAUCUGACUACUGAUAGUGGUAGUCAGGGCACCAGCUUGUCGUUGUCAUGGCAACGACCUGAGGGAGACUUGGAUGAAAUUGUUGUCACCCUGUCAGCCAAUGGGACAAACCUGCAGGAGCUGCCCCUCCCCCCUGAUGUCACAGAGGUGGCAUUUGAUCACCUGACACCUGGCUCAGCCUAUCAGAUCACUGUUGAAUCCAUUAGUGGCAACCUGACUAGCCAAUCAACAGUCAUAGCCAGAACAGCCCCAGCAGUUGUCUCUCAUCUCUCUAUGACUCAAUCUCCCACCGAUGGCCUCAAACUGUCAUGGUUUCCACCCACUGGCCACUGGGAGAACUACAGAGUGACUUUGUACAAUGGUUCCCAGGAAAUAGCAAGCACCGUUCUGGAGAGGGAGGCUGUGGAAUACAGUUUCUCAGGGCUUGGCCUAGUUGCUGGGAGGCAGUAUAGAGCGAUGGUGAGGGUGGAGAGUGGAGGACUGGGUGCAGAAUCCAGCUGUCUGGGAGGAAUUGCCCCUGGCCCGGUGUUGGAUUUGCACAUCCGUCACUCAGAUGAGACUUCCCUCAGCGCUAUGUGGAGCCAUGCCCCCUCAGUGUUACGUGACAGCUACUUCCUGGUCAUUCACCAUGGUAACAUCACCAUGGAUACCAGGGAAGUGGAGCCAAACAUGAGGGAAUGCACCUUUAACGUGCUCACGCCCGGGAGGCUGUACAUCAUCACUGUGACAACAAAGGCUGGACCACUCAGCAGCUCUGCCUCUGUGGAGGGAUGGACAGUUCCCAUGGCGAUGCACAGUAUCACUCUAACCAGUACAGGAGUGGACAGCCUCCAGGCCUCAUGGGAAAGACCACCAGGAGAUCUGGACUCAUACACACUGAUACUUUUCCAAGACGGCACUCCGGUUCAGAACCACAGUGUGAAAGCCAACCGUUCAUCCCUACAGCUUGGUGGUUUGACACCUGGCACCCUCUACAGGCUGGAGGUCACUACUGUCAGCGGAGGAGUGCACUCCAAAAGCACCAGCCUGGAGGGACGAACUGCUCCGGCAUCAGUCUCUGAGGUGACGGUUACUAACGGUGGCCGGUCUGAUGCAUUGCGGUUGUCAUGGCAUCCAGCAGUGGGCGUGGCCGACAGCUACCUGGUACGUCUUCAGGAUGGGCUGCGGGUUAUCCACACGCUGGCUGUGUCGCAUUCCUCCCCGCCGGAGUGCUCCUUCAGCUCUCUGGUCGCCGGGCGCCUCUACGCCAUCGUCAUAGUGACACGGAGCGGAGGGCUGGAGAACGCCACUACUGUACAGGCUAGGACACAACCAGCCACCGUCCAGAACCCAACAGCAGUCCAUUCAGCAAGAGAUGGCUUCCUCAAGGUGUACUGGCGUCAUGCAGCUGGUGAUCUGGAUCGCUACGUAGCAUCGAUCCGUUACAACCACAGCACCCUGCAGAACCAGACGGUGUCGGCGAGUCAGAAUGAGUGUGUCUUUUCCUCUCUGGUCCCGGGACGGCUCUACACCGUCACCGUGGAAACGUGGAGCGGCGACUACGUCAGAAGCGUGUCCACUGACGGACGUACAUUCCCUGCUGCUGUGGGCAACCUGUCGCUAGGCAAUGCUGAGACUGACAGCUUAACCGUCAGCUGGAGCCCUGCCCCCGGAGAUGUGGACCACUAUGAGGUCACACUUCUGUUCAAUGACACGCGUGUUUUCCCUCCGGUUGCCCUCGGUAACACGGAGAAACAACACCGCCUGACCUCUCUAAGCCCCGGACGGCUGUAUAAGAUGGUGGUUUCCACGUUCAGCGGGUCCUUCCAGAGACCUCGGUUCAUCGAGGGACGAACAGUGCCCAGUGCAGUGGGAAACCUCUUCCUGUUUCCUCGGCAGGCCGCGGUGGACUCCUCAGCGGGACUUGGAGUAACGUGGACACCUGGAGGUGGUGAUGUGGACAUGUACACAGUGACCCUGUCCACCAUGGAAGGUUCUGUGAUCGAGACCCGGCCUGUUCCCAAACACGUUUCCUCUCUGGACUUCCUGGAACUGACCCCAGGUCAGGCCUACCGGGUCACUGUCCAGUCACUGAGCGGCAAGCUGACCAAUAACAACACUGCUACCGGCCGGACUGCUCCAGCCAGGGUGAGCGCCCUCCAGGCAGAUAAUGACCACACUACCCACAGCCUCAAUGUCACCUGGGAGACACCAGUGGGUGUGUAUGAUGGUUACAGCCUGCAGCUAUUGGACGAGGCGGGCACCCUUCUAACCAAUCACACGCUGGCACCAGGCUCCAUCAGUCAGCGUCUGGAAGGGUUGACCUCAGGGAAGUGGUACCGAGUUGGGGUCAUAACCUUAAGUGGCGGUGUCUCCUCCCUGGAGGCUGUAGCAGAGGGACAGACACGUCCAGCAGCAGUCAGCAGUCUGGCGGUCGCUUCAGCUAACAGCUCUGCCCUGUCCUUCUCCUGGCGUCCCUCAGAAGGUUAUGUGGAUGUCUAUGACCUUUCACUCUACAUCGUCACCACGGCAACAACCAACUUCAAGCAGGACUCUGAGGGAAACGGGAUGGAUCACCACAAGGUUUCUGGUGUUUUAUUGGAACGGCAGCGAGUCAGUCCACACACACGCAAGUGUGUUUUCACUGGACUCCAACCAGGAAGUCUGCACAGACUGGAGGUGGUAAGCCGGAGAAGGGGGAUGUCCAGUGAUUCAGCCAUACUGGCACGGACUGAGACCAAUGAGCUUGUAUAUGCCACUGCAACCCUAAUCCUGGAGAUUCUUGGGUACAGGAUUAAGAACACAGGUCACCAGCAGUACCCUUCAUGUAAGAGAAGACUGGAAGCCAAGGUCAGUGCAGCACAGAGAGAUGUUAACCAGUUAACAGAGGUGAGGAAAGGUGUGAUGAAAGAAAGGCACUGGUUGAAGAAGCACCGCAAGCUGUCCAUAAUUGAGGCCCUAGAAACUGCCAAACGCUUACAGCACUGGCUGCCAAGUCCUGCUCCACUGAAGACCAUCCACUGCUUCCCUCUUUCCUCCUCUGCUCUGUCCUGCUCCUGGUCGCCUCCCUUCUCAGACUUUGACUCCUAUGAGAUUGAGUGUCGUCGUCACGAUGAUGGUGAGCUGACGGCAGCUUUACGGCUGGGGGAGGACGUAACCACGGUAACGCUCGACUACCUGGAGGCGCACCGAAAAUACACUGUGUGGGUCAGGGUGGGGUCAGAGGGAAUGACCAGCCAACCAGCUACUGGGAUUGCUGUUACUAUGAUAGACCGUCCACCGGUGCCGCUUCCCAGCGUGCGUGUGAGUGGGAGGUCCUCUAAGGUCACCUGGUCCUCCAUCUUGUUUCGCUUCAACUGCUCCUGGUUCAGUGACGCCAACGGAGCGGUCCGAUUCUUCUCCGUGGUGGUGGCAGAGUCAGACGACAGUGACAUCCUCCAGCCAGAACAGCGCCACCCUCUGCCCUCAUACCUGGAUUACAUCCACAACUCCUCCGUCAGGGCCUACCAGACCGCCUACUUUCCCAGCCGUUGUUCCCAGGACGCAGACACCUCAGCAGGGCAGGUAGUGGAGGUGAACUUGGGUAUGGGAGGAGACCGGCUGGGUGGAUCCUGCGAUCGUUUCCAGGACAACAACUACUUGAGCGACAGCUACGGCAGCUUCUGUGAUGGCCCUCUGAAAGCCAAGACCUCCUAUAGGCUGAGUGUCCGUGCCUUCACCAGGUUGUUUGAUGAGAACCACAGAGAGCUGCCAGAUCCUCUCUUCACAGACACAUACCUGUCUCUACCCCUACACACACACACUGAGCCUCUAGGUGGCGUGGUGGAGGGCUUCAGUGCUGGAAUGUUCCUCAUCGGCGUGAUGGUGGCCAUCAUUUCACUCCUGGUCUAUAGACAGAGGCUACGCAAAGUUGCUGUACAGGAGAACCCUGUGGUGAGGAUGAGCAUGUGGAAAGAGGUUCCAACUUCAGGAAUCUACAUGGGUGUCAGGAGUAAUCGCCGUGUGACAAGCCCCGUCAAAGCAGGUCAGUUUGAGUCUCACCUGGCCAAACUGCAGGCGGACUCCAACUACCUGCUGUCUGAGGAGUUUGAGGAUCUGAAGGAUGUUGGUCGUAACCAGAACAUGGACGCAGCGCGACUGCCAGAGAACCGAGGAAAGAACCGGUACAACAACAUCCUGCCCUAUGAUUCCACCAGAGUCAAACUGUCCUACCUGGAGGAUGACCCCUGUUCAGACUACAUCAACGCUAGCUACACACCUGGUAAUAACUAUCGUAGAGAGUAUAUCGCGGCUCAGGGUCCUCUGCCUGGCACUAAGGAUGACUUCUGGAGGAUGGUGUGGGAACAUGGUGUCCAUAACAUCGUCAUGGUGACACAAUGUGUGGAGAAAGGACGGAUAAAGUGUGACCAGUACUGGCCGGCAGACAGAGAGCCUCUGUAUUAUGGAGACCUGGUGGUUCAGAUGAUGUCAGAGUCGGUUUUACCUGAAUGGACCAUCAGAGAGUUUAAGAUCACCUCGGAGAACGGGUCCAGUUAUUCUCGGGUUGUGCGUCAUUUCCACUACACGGUGUGGCCUGACCACGGCGUACCAGACUCCACCCAGUCUCUGAUCCAGUUUGUCAGGACAGUAAGAGACUACAUAGACAGAUCCCCCACCACUGGAGCUACUGUUGUGCACUGCAGUGCUGGUGUGGGUCGUACAGGGACAUUCAUAGUGCUGGACCGCGCCCUGCAGCAGCUGGACUCGAAAGGAACCAUUGACCUGUACGGCUGUGUGUUUGACCUCCGUUUACACCGCUCCCACAUGGUCCAGACCGAGUGUCAGUAUUCUUACUUGUAUCAGUGUGUGAGAGACGUCUUGAGAGCUCGGAAACUUCGCAGCGAGCAGGAAAAUCCUCUUUACCCCAUCUAUGAAAACUUUAACCCUGAAUACUACCGAGAUGUGAUCUACCCGGGCCGUUAGGCCUCGUCUGUCCUCUCCGACAGGAAGUGGUUCUCUAGCUGAGCCAACGAGCCACCACGCCAGGGAUGUUGGGCCACUUCCUUCGGGUCCGGAGGGAAGGCUAGCUAUGCAUUAUAGCUUUAACACAAAGUGCACAGUUCUCACCAGCAUUUAAACAAAACUGGAGGAAGAGGAGGAUGAAGAUACACAUCUGAAGCAGAAUGUGAAGCCGUUGCAGUCUCAGCAGCGCCUCCAGCUGUUCUGACUCUGCCCAGGUGUAAAUGAGUCCAGGUGGUCUUCAUGGUGAAGUGGUGUCAUUAAAACCACUUCGGUGACGCGGCCGCCAGCCUUGGUGGCGUCCGCUGCUCAAUAUAAGCUGUUUAUUUAAACCCAACACGUGUUGCUGUGUGUAAAUACAGAUGUGAUGCUCUUUUAUACUUCAGCAGCCUCCCCUGCUGCUGCACUGCGCUGGCAGACCAUGUACUUCUACACAUUUUAUACUUCAGCAGCCUCCCCUGGUGCUGCACUGCCCUGGCAGACCAUGUACUUCUACACAUUUUAUACUUCAGCAGCCUCCCCUGGUGCUGCACUGCCCUGGCAGACCAUGUACUUCUACACAUUUUAUACUUCAGCAGCCUCCCCUGGUGCUGCACUGCCCUGGCAGACCAUGUACUUCUACACAUUUUAUACUUCAGUAGCGUCCCCUGGUGCUGCACUGCGCCGGCAGACCAUGUACUUCUACACUGCCCUGGCAGACCAUGUACUUCUACACAUUUUAUACUUUAGCAGCCUCCCCUGGUGCUGCAAUGCCCUGGCAGACCAUGUACUUCUACACAUUUUAUACUUCAGUAGCACUGCCCUGGCAGACCAUGUACUACUGCACUGCCCUGGCAGACCAUGUACUUCUACACAUUUUAUACUUCAGCAGCCUCCCCUGGUGCUGCACUGCCCUGGCAGACCAUGUACUACUGCACUGCCCUAGCAGACCAUGUACUUCUACACAUUUUAUACUUCAGUAGCACUGCCCUGGCAGACCAUGUACUACUGCACUGCCCUGGCAGACCAUGUACUUCUACACAUUUUAUACUUCAGCAGCCUCCCCUGGUGCUGCACUGCCCAGGCAGACCAUGUACUACUGCACUGCCCUGGCAAACCAUGUACUUCUACACAUUUUAUACUUCAGUAGCACUGCCCUGGCAGACCAUGUACUACUGCACUGCCCUGGCAGACCAUGUACUUCUACACAUUUCAUACUUCAGCAGCCUCCCCUGGUGCUGUACUGCCCUGGCAGACCAUGUACUUCUACACAUUUCAUACUUCAGCAGCCUCCCCUGGUGCUGUACUGCCCUGGCAGACCAUGUACUUCUACACAUUUCAUACUUCAGCAGCCUCCCCUGGUGCUGUACUGCCCUGGCAGACCAUGUACUUCUACACAUUUCAUACUUCAGCAGCCUCCCCUGGUGCUGCACUGCCCUGGCAGACCAUGUACUUCUACACAUUUCAUACUUCAGCAGCCUCCCCUGGUGCUGUACUGCCCUGGCAGACCAUGUACUUCUACACAUUUCAUACUUCAGCAGCCUCCCCUGGUGCUGCACUGCCCUGGCAGACCAUGUACUUCUACACAUUUCAUACUUCAGCAGCCUCCCCUGGUGCUGUACUGCCCUGGCAGACCAUGUACUUCUACACAUUUCAUACUUCAGCAGCCUCCCCUGGUGCUGUACUGCCCUGGCAGACCAUGUACUUCUACACAUUUCAUACUUCAGCAGCCUCCCCUGGUGCUGCACUGCCCUGGCAGACCAUGUACUUCUACACAUUUCAUACUUCAGCAGCCUCCCCUGGUGCUGUACUGCCCUGGCAGACCAUGUACUUCUACACAUUUCAUACUUCAGCAGCCUCCCCUGGUGCUGUACUGCCCUGGCAGACCAUGUACUUCUACACAUUUCAUACUUCAGCAGCCUCCCCUGGUGCUGUACUGCCCUGGCAGACCAUGUACUUCUACACAUUUCAUACUUCAGCAGCCUCCCCUGGUGCUGUACUGCCCUGGCAGACCAUGUACUUCUACACAUUUCAUACUUCAGCAGCCUCCCCUGGUGCUGUACUGCCCUGGCAGACCAUGUACUUCUACACAUUUCAUACUUCAGCAGCCUCCCCUGGUGCUGUACUGCCCUGGCAGACCAUGUACUUCUACACAUUUCAUACUUCAGCAGCCUCCCCUGGUGCUGUACUGCCCUGGCAGACCAUGUACUUCUACACAUUUCAUACUUCAGCAGCCUCCCCUGGUGCUGUACUGCCCUGGCAGACCAUGUACUUCUACACAUUUCAUACUUCAGCAGCCUCCCCUGGUGCUGCACUGCCCUGGCAGACCAUGUACUUCUACACAUUUCAUACUUCAGCAGCCUCCCCUGGUGCUGCACUGCCCUGGCAGACCAUGUACUUCUACACAUUUUAUAAAACCCUUUUGGAAAGUUCAGCCCAACAUUUCUGUUUCUUUUCAUUGUUGAGUUUGAAACGCUGCUCAGACGGCAGGUUUCCACAGCUCACAGUGUGUGUGUGUGUUGUGUGUUGUGUAUUGUGUGUGUGUGUGUGUUGUGUAUUGUGUGUGUGUGUGUGUGUGUGUGUGUGUGACCUUCCUCCUCCUUCACAGCAAACAUCCACCCUCCACACGGGAGCUGCAGGCCUCCCUUUACAUGAAAGCAUCGUCUCCUCUACAGCCACACGUAACACAUAUUUCUGCUUCUGAUCUCACACGUUCUACUGCAACAGGACAAAACCACCUCUUUAACCCCCUUUACCCCCUUUACCCCCCCCCACACACACACAGACACACAGUAAGAGACAGACAGACUCACAGACAGACAGGCAGAUGAGUGUCAGGAGAAAGGAGGAAAUGUCUUUGUGCAAAAGACAUAGUUGCGUGCAGUAGAAGCUGUUGUCGUCAGUGUGUGUGUGUGUGUGUGUGUGUGUGUGUGUGAAGGUGCAGUGUGUAAUGGUCCCUGAGUCCUGUCCUGUGGUGAUGUGGUGUAACAACAACACUACAUGACAACACAGACAGUCUAGUUCCCAUAGAAAGGUCGUGGGUAGACAGUCCUGCAGUAGAAACCAGUUUCAUAGUCUGCUGAGACAGACAACAGAACCAGUCAGCCGGUCCGGCUGCUCUGGUUCUGAGUGGACAACUCUGACUCGUGUCCUUGGUUUUGUCCGGUGUGUUGACUAAUGUUAUAUUAUAUUGUGAUUAUAUCACGAAGCUGGUGAGAAGUAUUAAAUGUAGCACCUUUAAAUAAUGAGAGCUGUUAACAUGACAUUGUUUCCCUUAAAGCCCAUGAAUAAGUGAAUGAAUAAGUGAACCACCGCUCCUCAUAUUCCCAACCUGUGUGUAACUCCGAGCUUAACGGAAAAUAAAGUCCAUGAAUUACAACUUGA